CGGGGAGCUUGUCUGGCGCUCCCCUCCUCCUUUCUCCCUCCACUUCUCGAGUGAGUGGCCAUGAGUCGGGCCGUGGGAGUCCUGCGGGCCGGCCGGAGAGUGGGCGCCGGGAGAGUCAAUUGGCUGUGUCCCCGCCGGGUGGCGGGCCUCCCUCUGACGGGCGCUUGGGCCGUCCCCCCCGUGUGCAAGAUGGCAACCGUCAGGUGUGAGCUGAUCAAGAACUUCGCUCCCGAGGAGGCCGUGCCUCACAACAAGGUCUCCAUCAUUGGAACCGGAUCGGUUGGCAUGGCCUGUGCUAUCAGCAUCCUGUUAAGGGGCUUGACCGACGAACUUGCCCUUGUGGAUGUCCAUGAAGACAAACUGCAGGGGGAGACGAUGGAUCUUCAGCAUGGCAGCCCCUUCGUGAAAAUGCCAGCUAUUGUGUCCAGCAGAGAUUACCGCGUCACUGCAAACUCCAGCCUCGUGGUCAUCACCGCAGGGGCACGCCAGGAAAAAGGGGAAACACGGCUUAAUUUAGUCCAUCGAAAUGUGGACAUCUUUAAAUUAAUGAUUUCCAGUAUUACCCAGUAUAGCCCUCGCUGCAAAAUGAUCGUUGUUUCCAACCCAGUGGAUGUACUAACUUACGUGACCUGGAAGUUGAGCGAAUUUCCCCCAAACCGUGUUAUUGGAAAUGGUUGUAAUCUGGACACGGCCCGUUUCCGUUUCUUGAUUGGGCAGAAGCUCGGUAUCCACUCUGACAACUGUCAUGGGUGGGUCGUGGGAGAGCAUGGAGACUCGAGUGUGCCUGUGUGGAGUGGAGUGAACGUCGCUGGUGUCCCUCUGAAGAAUCUGAACUCAGACAUAGGAACUGAUCAAGAUCCUGAGCAGUGGAAGAAUGUCCACAAAGAUGUGGUCGCUAGUGCCUAUGAGAUUAUUAGAAUGAAAGGUUAUACUUCUUGGGCCAUUGGCCUAUCUGUAGCUGAUUUAACAGAAAGUAUUUUGAAGAAUCUUAGAAGAGUGCAUCCAGUUUCCACAUUAGUUAAGGGUCUCUAUGGAAUAAAUGAAGAAGUAUUCCUCAGUGUUCCGUGUAUCUUGGGAGAGAAUGGUAUUACAGACCUUAUAAAGAUAAAGCUGACCACAGAAGAAGAGGCAUGUCUGAAGAAGAGUGCAGAAACGCUUUGGGAAAUUCAGAAGGAGCUCAAGCUUUAAAGUUGUUGGAAACUACCUUUUGAAGUUACUGAAGGGAUAGUAGUUACAGGGUUUUGUAUGUCAA